GCUCUUCAUAAGGCUCUUUCUGAUCUCAAUGCGUUACAUGCCUGCUUGCAGUUUGCACAGGCGCAAGAUUGCUCUUUGCUGCUUAGCUGUUGUCACUCCAAUGUUGGCUUCCUGUUCAAUUAUUACAUGGAUCGUCUUUGCUAAUCUCGUUCAUGAGCAUUGCCAGGCUGAGGAGCUCUGUCAUAAGCUGAGCACUACCAACGCGCCAUCUCGAAGUCACUUUUAUAUUGACUUUCCAGCAGCACGGCUUGCUUUCAUCGCUUCAGGUUCUUCCACAGUCAGUUUCGCAUUGAUCGGCCUUCUGAUGACGAUGCAUGCAUACACAAACGCGGCAACGUUCCUACGCAUUUCCAACAGGGUUCAACCCAAAGCUUUACUCACCCCCCACCAAUUGAGUACUCUGCUGAGAGUCCUCAAUGCGGAAUGGAUGGCAUUGUGGGACCUCUUGACCUCGAAACUCAAGGAAGUGUUCUGGAAUGGGCAAGAUGACGCAAAUCAUUCCCACCAAUCACCGCUGAUCCUCCGGCGCGGGACCACAAUCCUGAUAGCCGGCAUUUCUGCAAGUGUCUUGAUCCAAGUUGCGGACAUUUACUUUCAUGUCACUGCUAUUGCGAUCGAGCUCACUCAGGUGCAAGAGCUCUCCCUGAUAGCCCAUCCAUACAGCAGAGGCCUGGCCACUUGGUGUGUAGACAGACCAGUGGUAGGAGAUCUUGGCCAGAAAAACUACUGGGGCUGUGCUAUCACAGCGCGAUCAGCUGCCUACAACACAACGAGCCUCGCUCUUACGAACGCAAGCAUUGUUCAAGAUAUGAAGAACUCAGUCUCCGAUCAGCACAAGUCAUUGAUCUCUAUCGACUCGAACGGUGUCCAAUACGCGAUAAUUGGACCAGCAGCCACGGAGCCUUGGGUGGAUUGGAAGGCUUCUUCUUUUGGUGUAUCUACCACCUGCUCCGCAAUCCCCGAAGGCAAAUGUGAUGUCCAAAGGCCCGUGACUGAGGCGAAAGAUGGACAAGGUAAUCCCGUCAUGCUUGUACCUUUCAAUUGUACAAGCAGUAAAGCGGGGGUUGACAUUGCCGGAAACCUAACGUCUCACAACACGAAAACCCACACCACGAACUUCCACAAAUACGCUGCAGAGAGUGCUCCCUUCUUCAAUAGCACUGUAGUCAACCUCGAAGAGUUCAGAAAAAUCCGAGAUAACAUAAAUCGCGGCGAAGAUGCAAACGAUAUUCUGAAGAAUUCGUGGAAUGUUUUUGUAAUGCGAAAGAUUCCGACCGCAGAGCAAGGGGACUUCUCGCAACUACCCCGAACCUUCGAAACCGACUCUAAGGUCUGGAAACAUCCCCUCUUGGGCGCAUUUGUACUGUUACACUGCAACGUCACAGUAUGGGACGUCACAUAUGUUUCAGUCGAAGCAAAGAUCACGAUUCUCAAUCAAACUCUCAGCAAUGGCAGCACAGCAGGCAUUUCAAGCAUGCCUGGAACGCGCUUCAUUGGCACGUUGGCCAAUAUCUUCCAGGAUGAAUCCACAGGGCCUCUGUCACGUAGCUCACCCGACAAUUUCAUUCGCUCUUUCGAGAUGGGCAUGAGCAAAGCAUACUCGUAUCCGCUUGCUUCACAGACUAUCGGACAGCCAAGCUUGCUUGCUCAAGCACGCUUUUCGAAGAUCGUAACGAGGCUGCCAAUUGCUUGUUUUUGGUCCUUCAUCGCUGCUAAUAUGGGAUUCGCAGUACUUGGCCUGGUAACUGGUCUCAGGGCGAUCUGGGAGACUACAGAAACGGUCGGACAAAUACAAAUCAGGUUAGGUGUUGUUGGUCUUGUGGCUGCGCUUUUCAACCGGAGGCAGUUCGAAAGACUGGCCAAAUGUGACGAGGAUCUCUUCGAGAAAGUUAGCGCGAAGGAAAACCCUGGCACGGAGCGAGUCGUCGUCGUGGGUACUACCGGUGGAGGGGCCUCUUUCGCGCUCCACCAAUGCAAGACUCGCUGAGGCCUGAGAUUUUGGCCAUUCACGUUAUCCGUCUCUUCUAGUUGGGCAUAUGGUGGAUAGGCUAGACAUAGAAUUAGGGUUUACUUCUUCAAUCGGCCAUCGGAUGUGUCGAAUAUACGCCAAGAGGGUUGUUGUAGGGCAAGCGUUGUCGUAAAUUUAACCUGCGUUACUACUCGUGCCGCGCAAGGGCC